AUGAAAAGAUAUCCCUCAGCAAUAGUAUUUGAUUUAGAUUAUACCUUGUGGCCGUGGUGGUGUGAUUGUCACAUUUCUCCGCCCAUCAAAAAGAAAACAGAGUGUCGAUUAAUUGACUCUUCUGGAGAAGUUCUAGAACUUUACAAAGAUGUCCAAUCGAUUUUCCAGGAGCUUGAGGAGAAAAAUGUGAUCUUGAUUGGGGCAAGUCGUACCGCCACCCCUGAAAUUGCUAUUUCAAUCCUCUCCUCUUUUGUGAUUAAUGGUAAGCGGAUGAUAGAUUACUUUCAUACAUUACAGUGGGGCCAGCACUCCAAAGUUCGCCAUAUCAAGAAAGCGGCAAAGGAGCUUGGAUUGGAGCAAGAUUUACUUGAUGGGAAUUUGCUUCUUUUCGAUGAUGAGUCCAGAAAUAAGGAUGUAACAUCUAUCAAGUGUAACUUUGUCUUGGUCCCUGAUAAUAAGGCUGGAUUGACAAGGGACGUAUUCGAAAACGGGAUAAACAAGUGGCGACUCACCAAGGCGGAGUUUUCAACUUGCUAG